CAUACCAGUUUAGGAGGAACGACUAACAUCCUGACCUUCCACAUAAUUUCUAGUUGUUGGUGAAAGAUGCGUUCGCACUAUAUUCUUUGAGUGCUGCAUCCGGAAUUGGUUGGUUUGUUUAUGCUUUUGAGUGUUUUUAGAGCAUCUCCAUGGGACGAGGUUAGAAGCAAGGGAAAAUUCCUCACUUUCGCACCAAGGAAAAUUUUCCUUGCAGAAACGUUGAUAUUUUCUUGUGAGCCACGUUUUUUGUGAAUUUCUAAGGUUCUAGCUCGGAAGAGCUGCUUACCAUGACAUUCUAAUCAUUCUUUGGGAAGUUCAAUGACAGAGAGAGGACGGGAAUUUGUUCUCCUCUCUGCAUGAGUCAUUCCUUGAUUUUUCUGUAUGUUCAAGUAUUCUAAGUUCUUUGAGUGUUGUCAAGUAUUCUUCUGGUGCUGCUCAAGCCUUCCAAUCUUUUCAACCAAAGGAAAGUAUCAAAUUGUUCCAGAAUUUAAGUGUCACAUGCCUCGGCUAUAUAUAUCGCUCUCUUCAAAGCAUCAUCCAUUAAUUCAAGAAACACAGCCGGAUUGUCUCUCCAGACUCCAAAUGACACAAUAUUUGUGUUUCCUUUCUUUCACCCUCGUUUCUUCUUGUCCAUUUGUUGUUUUCGGCUUUCCAUUUUAAUUCGGAAGAAAAUAGCAACAUGGCUGACUUACUUAUCAGCCUUGCAAGUCCUAUUGUAGAGAUUGCAACGAAGAAACUGGCUAAUGUUGCGACUAAUGAAUUCGUAAAUAUCGAGGAUGAGGUAGAGAGGCUGAAACUUUCUUUUAUGGAAGUUCAAGAUUUGCUUAAAAUUUUGGAAGGAAAUCAUCAGAUGAAUUCUUCUACUCCUUCCACCCUGAAGAAUUGGUUCGAAAGGCUACGAGCAGCAUCUUAUGAUAUUGAGGAUUUGAUCGACUGUUGGGCAGCAGAAUGUGAAUGGUGGAAGAUGAAGAAGCAGCAGCAGCAGCAGGUACACAAAUUCCAUCUUCUGUUUGGUGCUUUUAAGUUUCUCUUUCUGCAUCGUUUAUUGUCUAAGUUGAGAGAAAUUACAUCAAGACUACAUGUGAUUAAAGAAGAUGGAAAAUUCUACAGAAAAAUGAUAGAAAGUAAUCCUAUGCAUUCACAAACACAUGAAAAUCCACGGGAAACUGUGUCCGUUCCAUACAGUUCAGUUGUUAGUAGGGAAGAGGAAAAAAGGAUCAUCAUAGAACAGCUGAUAACAGCUAAAGAAGCCAGUAGGGGAAACUUUUCAUGUAUUGCCAUUGUUGGGAUGGGAGGAGUGGGUAAAACCACUCUUGCACAACUUGUCUUUCAAGAUGAAAAGGUUGAUGGGUAUUUCCGUUUUAGAAUUUGGGUUCAUGUGGGGAAGGAUUUUGAGUUGAAGAGGAUUUUCACAGAAAUACUGGUCUCUCUAGUGCAUUCAUCAAAUUUGAAAAGAACAAAACCAAUAGAGUCUUUACUAAAUAUGUUAGAUGAAAAAAAAUCUCAACUCCAAACCCAUGUCGAUCUCAACUAUCCCAUCUUCGACAAACCCCAAACCCCUGUCGAUCCCAACUCUUCCAUCUUCGACAAACUAAAUAUCUCGUUUGAAGAUGCCUGUUCCCUCGAGUUGAACCAACUACCUUCCCCCAAUGAUCUCAACCCUCUCAACUUGCCCCAACUAAAAAUCCUUCAUGGUCUCUACUCCAACUACUUAGAACGAUUCCAAACCCGUACUGAGAAUACUGACUUCACCUCUCUCUCCUUGGACCAACUACAAACUCGCAUUCGUGAACUUCUGGCUCGGAAACGAUUUUUACUUGUUCUAGACGACCUGUGGAAUCAUGAAGCAUUGCAGCAACUAGUGAAUGUCUUAAAUGUGGGGGUCAACGGAAGUAAGGUUCUGGUGACUAGUCGGCAGAAAAUUGUUUCAAGUUUUAUGGAUUCAAAGUCACUCCAUUCUCUGAAAUGUUUGGGUGAUGAUGAGUCAUGGUCGUUGUUCAAAAAAUUGGCACUCAAAGAAGAUAGUAACUUGAGAGAUAGCGAACGUCGGGAGUUUGAAAAUUGUGGACGGGAAAUUGUACGUAUGUGUCAGGGUCUUCCUUUGGCUAUAAAACAAAUGGCAGGUCUGUUGCGUGGGAAAAACUUGAAAGAAUGGAAAAAUGUUGCCAAAAGUCAAACAUGGAAGGCACGAGCAGAAGAUGAUACUGGAGUACUGCCUGCUCUUAGACUGAGUUAUAAUCACCUGCCCUCACCAGAUCACAAGCAGUGCUUUUCGUUGUGUUCUCUGUUUCCGAAAUCAUAUCUCUAUGAGAAGGAUGAGUUGGUCAAGUUAUGGAUGGCAGAAGGAUUUAUACAACCACCUGAGAACGGAGUGCGAGAGAGGAUAGAAGACAUCGGAAGUCGAUACUUCAAGGAGCUGUCAGACAGGUUCUUCUUCGAAUGCUCAACUGAAGACAAGACAAAGUAUAGGAUGCAUGAUCUUAUCCAUGAUCUGGCACUUUCAGUUUCCAGUCCCUUUUGUUGUCAAGUGAAUGAUAUGAAAGAUUUUGACGAAAAAUCUCGUCAUAUAUCACUGCUUUCAGAACAAGUUGAGAAGCCUGCAAUAGAGAUCGCCAACAAAUCGAAGAAGCUGCGCACACUUUUACUUCCAGUUCAACACUUGCAACUGAGAGCCUUUGGGAAAGGACAAGGUGAGAUAAUUCAUUCACUUACAUAUAUGCGCGUGCUAGACCUGAGUUCAAGCACAGUUGUCACACUUCCAGAUUCAAUUGGGAGGUUGAAGCUCUUGCGCUACCUCGAUUUAUCGACAACUGAAAUCAGAAAGCUCCCUGACUCGGUAUGCAACCUCCUCAAUUUGGAGACGCUGAAACUUUUGCGUUGUCCUUGGAUUUUCAAUUUGCCCAAGAACUUCAAAGCUCUUGUCAACCUGAGACAUCUGGAGCUAGAUGAAAUUUUCUGGUACAAGGCCUUGAAGUUGCCACGAAGCAUGGGGUGUCUAACCAGUCUGCACAACUUGCACAAAUUUCCGGUUAGCCAAGAAACAGGAUACAAACUUGAAGAAUUGAAGAACAUGGUGUACCUUGGAGGAACGUUGCACAUCACAAAGCUGGAAAAUGCAGUGUAUGCAGGGGAGGCCAACUUGAAAGGGAAAAAAAUGAUUCAGAAAGUGGUUUAUGAAUGGAGCAAUAAGGAUCUUAAUUUUCAUGAUGAAGCCGAUGCAAAGCAGGUACUUGAAGACUUGGAACCUCACCCAGAGGCACUCAAAGAGCUCCAAAUCUGUCACUACAAGGGCACUGAAUUUCCACGAUGGAUGGGACUGCUCACCAAUUUGGUUAGUAUUCAUUUGAAUAAUUGCAACAGAUCCAAAGUCCUUGAUCUUGGGGUGCUACCGAAACUUGAAGAGUUCCGUCUCAAAAAUUUGCUAGAGUUGGAGGAUUGGAAAGGAACGUUUGUAUCCCUCAAAAAGCUAAAGAUAGCUAACUGCCCGAAUUUGAAAAGUUGUGAAAAUUAUUCGAAAGGACUUGAUUUUCUGAAGAUCAAAAGGUGUGAAUCAUUGGUAAGCCUUAAAAUAAACUACCUCGUCCGCCCGAAGAAUAUCACGCUUGUUGACAAUCCUGUUCUGCAGAGGUGGUCUGUAAGCAAUCCUCGCCUGUUUGGGCUUUCAAUUGGGCUCUUAAGAUUGAAUGAACUCAUAAUCAUCAAUUGCCCCGAGCUACAUAAGGUGCCUAACUGCUUCAAUCUAGAGAAAUUGGAAACAGGUGGGUGCAAUUCAGUAAUCAAAAUGCUAGAAAGAGGUUCUUUAUGGAAGUCUCUACAAAAGAAGGAACUUCGACAUUUGGCAUUGGAUACAUGUUCUGCAGAUGCUAAAACAUUAGUGGGUUUGCGGCCUGGUAUUAUCUCUGGUUUAUGGUUCUUGACGAUUUCCAAUAUCUCAAACCUCAUACAUCUUCCAGAUUGGGGUCUCCCCAAACUCAGAGCACUCUACAUCCGUGACUGCAAAGCUCUUGAGUAUUUAUCCAACCAAGAAAACAAGUUGUUCCAAGGAUUCACCUCCCUCACAACACUCUCCAUCCACAAUUGUCCUGAGCUUGUAACGUUGCCAGCUGAAGGCCUCCCAACAUCUCUUAAGUAUUUGAGUAUUGGCUCGUGUGCAAGGCUCGAGUCAUUUGGCCCCGCGGAUGCACUCCAAAACCUCAACUCCCUCCAUGAUCUGUACAUUGAGGAUUGCCCUGCACUCCAGUCCUUUCCAGAGGGUGGGCUACCAACCUCCCUCCUGCAUCUCUCUAUCCAACGCUGCGCCUCGCUGAUAAAACAAUGUGGGAAGGAAGGCAGUGAUUGGCCCAAGAUCAAAGAUAUCCCUGAUCCGGAAAUAGGGAUGCCAUCCACCGAAACUGCAACCUCAUCACCAUCAUCUUCUUCAGCAGCUUGGUACCAUCUUGGUGGGAGCUGCGCUUGCGUAGGACAAGCUUCAAAAGGAAAAAUGGUUGCAGAAUGAUGCCAAGCAUCUCGCAAUGCAGGACAAAGGGAUCUGAAGCUGGACGGAAAGCCUUGAGACGACGUGUUUCUGGAAUCCUGCAUGAUGGUGAAACUCAAAGUGUACGCAGCCGGUUGAAGAGAGAGACAAUGCAUUGCAUUCUAAAUUUAUAACCUAAGUUGUUUAGUUUCUGUACAAUAAGCUGCCUCCCUACAUCUACGUUGGUCGGGGCAUUGCGUGUACGCUGUAAAUAUUUCUUUUUCGUGAGUGUGUAAUACUAAAUAAGCAGCCUUCCUCCAUCUUCCUCCAUCUAUGUUGGAAGGGAAGACUGCCUGAUGAAUUUAUGAUUUAAAGUCAUAUGUACAUACAAAUUAUUACAAAACAGAAUGGUAAUAAUUCAAA